GCAUAGUGUGAAGUCAGGAAAUUGAAACUUACACUGCCCAGAGGGAGCCAUGGCUGCAGAGAACCCCAUGGAAAGUCUUCAGGAGGAAGCGACAUGUCCAGUCUGUCUGGAGUAUUUCACAGAACCUGUUAUUCUGGAGUGCGGGCACAAUUUCUGCCAAGCCUGCAUCAGCCAGUGCUGGGAGGGAUCCGAUACAGCCGCUUCCUGCCCUCAGUGCAGAGAAACUGUGCAACAGAGAAACCUCAGGCCCAACAGGCAGCUGGCAAACAUGGUAGAAAUCUCCAAGCGGCUGAGUUUACAGGCAGCAAAGGGAACAGGAGGGGACGGGGUGUGUGGGGAACACCAGGAGGAUCUGAAACUGUUCUGUGAAGAGGAUCAAACCCCAAUCUGUGUGAUCUGCAGAGAGUCCCGGGCUCACCGCGCUCACACUGUGAUUCCCAUACAGGAAGCCGCCCAGGAGUACAAGGAAAAAAUCCAGACCCAAUUGAAGAGUCUGAGGGAUGAGAGAGAAAAGCUGCUGGGAUUGAAAGUGACGGAAGAGGGGAAAAGCCAGGAGUAUCUGAAACAAACACAAACCGAGAGGCAGAAAAUCGUGUCUGAAUUUCGGAAACUGCGGCAGUUCCUGGUGGAACAAGAGCGACUCCUGCUGGCCCAGCUGGAGAAGCUGGACGAGGAGAUUGUGAGGAUCCAGAAUGAAAAUGUCAGUAAACUCUCCGAGCAGAUUUCCCGUCUCAGUGAGCUGAUCAGUGAGAUGGAGGGGAAGUGUCAGAAGCCAGCGAGUGAAUUCAUGCAGGAUGUCAGAAGCACCUUGAGCAGGUGUGAGAAGGGGAAGUUCCAGCAGCCAGAGGAGAUUUCUCCUGAACUGGAAGAGCAAGUCAGUGGUUUCUCCUGGAAAACGAUUGCGCUAUUGGAGACUCUGAGGAAGUUCAAAGACACUCUGCUGUCUGCACUGGAGAGAAAAAGAGGGGAACCACUCGCAGCACACAGACAGGAAACUCUGCCAUCUGCACUGGAGAGAAAAAGAGGUGAACCACUCCGAGCACACAGACAGGUGAAUGUGACUCUGGAUCCAGACACGGCUCAUCCCCAACUCGUCCUGUCUGAGGAUGGGAAAAGUGUGAGAUGGGGAGACACACAGCAGGAUCUGCCCGACAAUCCUGAGAGAUUUGACACUGACCGCUGUGUGCUGGUCUGUGAGGGAUUCACCUUGGGGAGACAUUGCUGGGAGGUAGAGGUGGGAAAUAGGGGAGGCUGGGCUCUGGGGGUGGCCAGAGAAUCUGUGGGGAGGAAGGGACGGAUCAGCCGUAGCCCUGAGGGAGGAAUCUGGGCUGUGGAGCGGUGGUGGUGUCAGUUCCAGGCUCUCACCUCCCCUGUGACCCCCCUGCCCCUGAGCCAGGCCCCCAGCAGGAUCCGGGUCUGUCUGGACUGUGACCGGGGGCAGGUAACGUUUAUCGAUGCUGGUGACGAGGCCCUGAUUUUCACUUUCCCACCGGGCUCCAUCCCUGGGGGAAGAAUCCGACCCUGGCUCUGGGUGUGGAGAUCCCAGCUCAGACUAUGUCCCUGAGACACCGGGGAGGGGGAGGGGGGCUCAAUAUUCCACUGGGGACCCUGAGAUCAGCUUCUCUAUCCUCACACACCCUAGUCUCUGUGACCACCAUAGAGAGCAUUGAGUGAGCGAGGUAGUAAAGCCGAUCUCAUCACUGCCCCAGGCAUUGUGCAGCCUGUUUGUCACUGUCCUCUAUGAGCCAGGAGGAUUCUGGGGAUCCUGGGUCAGACAGUGCCACUGAGUCAUGGGGGGAACAGCCCACUGGGAAUGGAAAAAUGGGUUUCUCUAGCCAAGUAAUCCUAGCCCCUAUGGCCUGGAGGACUCCUGUCUACCCAACCCAGCCUCUUAGCUCUAUGGCCUCUGGAAGCUCCUCCCCCCCCCUCCCUGUAGUACUAGGCAUGGGAGGGGGAGCGGGAAGAACUUUUGGGGUGCACAAGGGGAAAAGGGGCCCUGAGGGGCAGAUGUGGGAGCUGCAGAGUCACAACUGGUUGAGGGGCUGGGGGUAGAAUUAAUGUGGAGCUGGGGACAGGCAUAUGUGGGGUGGCAGGGCACAGAAUUAGUUAAUUGGUAUUUGGUGUUUUGGGAAGAAGCUGGAAGCUCUGCACCAGCCGGGAGCCUGGGAGAGGGAGACCCAGAGACUGGGGAGUGUGCAUUCAUCCCAAUAUCCAGUAGAAAUGAGUGACUAGCAUAGACACUUCCUACAUCGGUAGAAGGGGAUUUACAAUCAAUGCAGUAAAUCCACCUCUAGGAGAGGCAGGAGCUAGGGCAACAAAGAAUUCCCUUGAUCUAUCUGUGUCUACAUCAGGGGUUUGAUUGAACUAACUACAUCACACAGGGUGUGAAAGUUUUCACAGCUCUAAGCAAUAUAGCUAGGCUGACCUAAGGUUUAGGGGUGGAUCAGGUCUCAGAAAGAAUAAUGGUAUAUCUACACUACAGUCGCUACUACAGCAGAGCUACCGCACUACAGCUGGGUCACUGAAGUGCCAUAGUGUAGAUGCACCCUGCAUUGACGGAAGUGUUUUUUCCCUCGCUCUAGUUAAUCCCUCUUUCUGAGAGGCUGUAGCCAGGUCAUCAGAGGAAUUCCAUUGUCUGCACUGGGGGUUAGGUCAAUCUAGCUGUGGCACUCAGAGCACACAAUGUUGUGGAAUCUCCAUCUCUUGAGAUAUUUAAGAGUAGGUUAGAUAAAUGUCUAUCAGGGAUGGUCUAGAUGGUAUUUGGUCCUGCCAUGCGGGCAGGGGACUGGACUCGAUGACCUCUCGAGGUCCCUUCCAGUCCUAGAGUCUAUGAAUCUAUGUUUCCCAGCCCUGAAUAAUGUCACCAGAUUGACCUAAGUGUUAAGUGUAGAGCAGGCCUAAGAGGGGUUUCCCUGCAGCUGGCUGAAAACACAGGGGCUGAGGGAUUGGCUGGCAGCUUGGUGUGUGUGAGAUGCAGAAAGCCAAGAGAAUCAGACCUGACUGUGAUCUCGGCAGGAAACUGAGUGACAGAACUUCCUUCAGGCCCAGGGUUCCCAAACAUAGAUUUCUGAGUAAGAAAACUGCCGGCUGCUGUUUGUUUGUAUGGUGUUCAGGGCACAGGAAUGUGUGGACGUUGUUCGUAAAUAAUAAAGAUUGCACCAAAGAAA